AUGUCUGACCCCAACCGACUUAAUCCCCAUAUUCCACAGUUCCAACGCAACGCUUCCGGUGAAGCCAGUAAUCUCCACCACAUCGAACAGAAUACCUCUCUAUCAGUGCCCAGUGCUGGCAUGUUCAAUCACUCCGCAAACACCCACAUUGAACCGAGCGCUUUUAACGAAAUAUCUGGAAGUCAGAACCACGUUGUAAACAACAUCACGAACGGUCCUCAUGGCAACCACGCCGAGUUUACACCAGCUGCUACAACCUGUCAGCGCUUCGUACCAGAAUCGCAGUGGAAGAAAAGCCCGAUGUUUGCAAGAGGAACAGGAAAUCGAGACAAAAUCUCCCGCCUAAUUCCUACGCUCGCUUUUCAGCUCUCGACUGAAGUCGAAGGCAUGGGACCAUUGAUAAAAGGCGCCCUCGGUAAGGAACCUUCUAUACUGAAUGAGUCGCUCAGCUAUCAGUUUGGAAAACUGAUCAUGGAACCCAUGAUUGCAUGCUCAAAGCAUAAAUGGGAUAUCCUCAACCGGAAACGCAUGGUAAUAGUUAUCGAUGCUUUGGACGAAUGUAUACGCCAAGAUGGAGCAUCGAUGGAGGAAUUCAUUGACGUUGUUGUUGAUGCCUGUGGGGCCAGGAAACGUCAGGUCCCUUUUCGUCUGUUCAUCACUAGCAGGGUCGAAGAACAUCUCCGUAAAAAGCUCGAAACUCCAGCCGCCAAAGGCAUUACGCUCUAG